AUGCGUGUCGAAUUGUAUAUAUUUGAACCAUUGUCUAUUUAAUUUUAAAAAAUCUAGUCGGGUUUUUACGUAAAUAUCAACUAUCACAUAUCAAAUUUUUUGUGGCGGAAUGGCUGUUUAAUCAUUUCAUAUCAUUCACUGAAAUCACUAUUUUUACAGUAUGCUAUUUUGAACUAAUUACUGUAUUCUUUGCAUAGGUAUAAUCAAGACUGUAAUAUAUCUUUCUUUUUUAACACAGGAAAUAUCACAGCGGCCCGAAAUCUAACGGUGCACAUAUAUUGCCUAACGAUGAUAAGCAAGACGAAGUGGAGUUGGAAAUAAUUGGCGAAAUAACAUGCUCUUCUAAACAUGAUAACGUGGAAGUUUUAGUAAUAGAUGAUGAUGUUUAUGAUGAGAGUGAUGAAGAUCUAUUCAAGUCUGCUGACGAAGAUCUCAUUCCCCGAAUGUCAAUGGCAUUGGUAAUCUAGAGCUAUAUCCCCUGACCAAAAAGGUUAUUCGUGCCCGCGUUUGCUUAGCUCGCUGCGCGCGCGUGAAUUCUAGCGAGCUUCUGAUCGAAUAUCAAACUGUUAGAUUUUUUUAGAAAUCGAGAACUCGCGCAUGCACAUGCAGAAACCUAAGUUCCGCGCAAACGGGCACGAAUAACUUUUUACUUGUGAAUAGUGUGACGCACGGGUAUAUUUGUUAACAAACAACAAGCGCAUUUUCCCGUUAUGGAAUUAUAUUGAUUAAGUACUGUAGUUGCUCACUGAAAACAUCGCUCAAACCACUUAGCUGCUAAACUUUUACCACUGGGGUACAGUAGCUUGGUUAACCGGCAAAGAUGACCAGCUAGCUUGCACUGAGUUAAAGCCCGAGUUGCUCAACUUUCGGUUUAACAGUAACCUUUAUCUUUUAGGGUACGAACAAGAUCACAAACAAUGACAAUGGUAAAACAGAAAAUUUUGGUAGGAUAUAACAUAUUAAUGUUUGCUAAGUUACAACAAACAUUUUAAAAUUAAUAUCAUUAUAGUCAAUUUACGUGAUUUUAAUUGGUUGAAAAGGUCUACGAAGUGCACAUUGUGCAAUUAAUGUUUAAUUUGCACGCUUCUGCGCCCGCAGUUGGUGCACGGGAAAUAAAAAACAACUCUUGUAUAGACUACAUCUAGCCCUCAUUAUAAUAUAUCAAAAUUACAACCCAACCUCACUCCAUGCACUCCAAAACUAACCUGCCUCUAAACCCUACCCCCACCCCCACCACUUCAGUAGGGCUAGGUAAAGUCACAACCGGUUUUUUGUGUAGUAAAUUGGAUAAAAUGAUAUGGGAAAUUACACUUGUUCUCUUGCACAUGUCCUUGCUUGACGAAAUAUUUAUAAUACCUAAUAUUUUAAAUAUUUCGCCAAACAUGCGUGCAAUUUCUUAUAACAAUUUCCUUUCCACAAUGCAUUUGUGCGCCAAUUUUGUUUUCUGGAACCGGUCAAAUCACGGUGUGUAAUUGUCGGUAUCCAAAAUUGCGCCAGUGCAUAAAGAAAUUAAACUAGAAUCGAUAUAUCAAUCCCAUUGCCAUUCAGUUAUUAAUACUUAAUCAAUAAUUUUAUUGUUACAGAUGCCACCACUUUAAAUGGCUUGCCUGUCUUGAAGACUUCUUCCCGUGGAUUGACCUUACAAGAAAUUAUUAGUAUAUAAGUUGAUGGCGAGUUCCCAGCCGAAAAAUUAUGCACUAAAGUGCCAAUGAUGAUUGACCGAAGUGCUGUGUUUGUAAUUUAGUUGUCUGUUGUCAAUCCCUUAGAUUUAACUGCUGACGAUUGUGGAGUAUAUGGUUGCCAUUCAUCCCCUUCUGUGGAAGUAGAAGUGGAUGUUGAUGAUGAUGGUGUUCUGGGGAGUAACGUAAGGACUGUAAGCAAAGAUGAAGAAAGUUCUCAUUCUCUUAACACGCGGCGAUUUCUUAUAAAACGCCAAUACAGUUGGCAUAGUUUGUCCAAAGACUACCGUCGUAUAAUAACGAAGGUUGAAGAAAAUAACGCGUUGUUGCAUUUCGCCGUUGUCCAGUAUAUAGUUAAAACGAAGGAUACGUCAAAUCUGUUUGAAAAACCCCAUGGUUGUAGUAAGAAAAGCAAAGAACCAUAUAUUCGCACCAAGCCCAGCGUCAUGGAGAAAAUUAGAGAACUGGGGCAGAAAGGAAGUGCCAAACAAAUAAUCAGUGCAAUGGAGAAGCAAGCUGGCGAUGUUAGCUGUGUCUCGUCUCCAUCUUAUCUACCGAGAGAUCGUAACCAAGUGUACCACCAAGUAAGCAAAGUCGAAGGGCGGAUAAGAUCGAGGAGCACUGGUCCUGCCGCGGCACCUGAUUUUACGAAAUUGUUGUCGGUGCAGUAUUCUGGAUCCUUUCUCAAGAAUGUAAGUUUUGCCGUCAGCACUGAUAAAAAGGGAGUGAAACGAGCCGCACCAAAUACUUUCGCAGCGUCAGAAACAUGCUUGAAGUGGGUGAAACGCGUCUGUACAGGAACACAACCAUCUGCAGUGGCAGGAAUAGAUAUGACAUAUCAACUCGGCCCAUUUUAUCUAACAACCAUGACCUUGCCGAAUCCCAUGUUUGUGCUUAAAUCUGACGACCAAAAACAUCCAACAACAUUGACUGCAUGCAAUAAUGACUUCCACUACUAA